UUCUCGACCACCAGUCCCGGAGGUUAAGAGACUGUCGCCUGAGGAAAUAAAGCGCCGACGUGAGAAGGGACUCUGUUUCAAGUGCGACGAGAAAUUUACGCCUGGCCAUCACUGCAAGCAGGCUUUUGUCAUCCACGUCAUCGAUGAUGAAGAGCCCAAGAUCGAGGAGGAUUGGGAGAAAGAAGUCGAGAUUGGGGUUCCUGAAGAGGAGACCGAAAUCUCAAUGCCCGCAAUGGCUGGAACGAGAGGACCGAGGACGAUGCGGAUACCAGCAUGUGUCAAGGACCGUCAUGUAGUUGUGCUAGUGGACAACGGAUCGUCACACAACUUCAUCAACGCGACGCUAUCUCAAAAGUUGAAGUUGCCAACGACGAAGGUUGAACCAUUUGAGGUUCGAGUAGCCAAUGGUGAACGGCUAAGGUGCCCCGAGUCUUAUUGCGGGGUACCGAUCAAAUUUCAAGGAGUCACCAUCAAAGCCGAUCUCUAUGCGCUACCCUUGGUUGGACCCGACGUUGUGUUAGGUGUGCAGUGGCUCGAGGGAUUAUGCAAAGUGACCACCAACUAUCGAACGAGAGUCAUGGAGUUCAACUCAGGGGAGCAUCGGGUCACGUUAAAGGCAAGCAAGGACGGUGGGACCAAGGAGGUUGGCCUCAAGAUAUCUAUCGUUUGUGAGUACCUCGACGUCUUUCCUGAUGACUUACCCAGAGGACCGCCAGACCGCCAGGUGGAGUUCACUAUUGACCUCAUUCCAGGAGCCGGCCCCGUUUCUAAGGCCCCUUAUCGUAUGGCGCCGAAGGAGCUUCAAGAGCUCAAGGCCCAGAUCCAGGAGUUGCUUAAGCUCGGUUUCAUUCGUCCGAGUGUCUCACCGUGGGGUACGCCCGUCCUUUUCGUAAAGAAGAAAGACGGAUCUAUGCGCAUGGGCAUUGACUAUCGGGAGUUGAAUGCCCUUACAGUCAAGAACAAGUACCCCCUUCCCCAUAUUGAGGACCUUUUCGACCAGCUGAGAGGAGCCAGCGUCUUCUCAAAGAUUGACUUGCGUUCUGGCUAUCAUCAGCUGAAGAUCCGGGAGUCGGAUAUUUCUAAGACUGCUUUCCGUACCCGCUAUGGCCACUAUGAGUUCGUAGUCUUGCCGUUCGGACUCAGCAAUGCCCCAGCCAUUUUCAUGUACCUGAUGAAUAGGGUCUUUCAUCCUUUCCUGGACCAGUUCGUCAUUGUGUUCAUCGACGACAUUCUGGUCUAUUCCCGAGACAUCGAUCAGCACAAGGAACAUUUGAGGAUUGUGCUAGAGACUCUUCGCCGCGAGAAGUUGUAUGCUAAGUUCUCGAAGUGCGAGUUCUGGCUGAACCGUGUUGCAUUCCUUGGCCACAUUGUGACAGCUCGAGGCAUUGAGGUGGAUCCCAGCAAGAUUAAGGCUGUGAGCAAGUGGGAUACGCCAAGAAGUGCUGCAGAUGUUCGUAGUUUCCUGGGGUUAGCAGGAUACUACAAGAGGUUUAUCGAGGGCUUCUCGAAGAUAGCCCAGCCACUGACCAACCUUACGAAGAAGGCCGUGAGGUUCGAUUGGAGUCCUCAGUGCGAGGAGAGUUUCCAGGAGUUGAAGAGGAGACUCACUACCACGCCUGUCCUAUCUAUACCCGACCCUACUUUGGAGUUCACCAUCUAUAGUGAUGCUUCGAAGAUGGGUUUGGGAUGUGUCCUUAUGCAGCAGGGGAAAGUCGUAGCCUAUGCUUCAAGGCAGCUGAAGCCUCACGAGCAGAACUACCCCACUCAUGAUAUCGAGUUAGCUGCAGUUGUCCACGCCUUGAAGAUUUGGCGGCACUACCUCUAUGGAGGCAAGUGUGAGAUCUUUACCGACCACAAGAGCCUAAAGUACAUUUUCACUCAGAAGGAGCUGAACAUGAGGCAGCGUAGAUGGUUGGAGCUGGUCAAGGACUACGACUGCACCAUUAGCUAUCACCCUAGGAAAGCUAACGUGAUAGCCGAUGCCCUUAGCCGGAGGAGUUAUGGCCAGCUGUCUUGCUUGUUCACCAAGCAGGAUGUUCUUCUUCGGGAGUUCGAGCGAUUACAGUUGGAGGUAGUGGAGUCAACUUCGACAGCCGGGGGCAUGUUUGCCUCUUUGGUUGUGGGACCGACUCUUCGAAAGAGGAUAGUCGAUGAGCAACCGAAUUACUGUUUUCUAUGCCGGAUGAGAGAGUUGUCGGAGGCCGGUAGAAUUGGUGGAUUCGCAGUCGCAUCUGAUGGGGCCUUGGUCUUUGAGGGUAGACUUUGUGUCCCGAAGGUGUGGGAGCUGCGAAGGGAGAUUUUGAGAGAGGCCCAUAGUGCCCCGUACACCAUCCAUCCUGGUAGCACGAAGAUGUAUCAGGACCUGAGGAAGUCUUUCUGGUGGCGAGCCAUGAAGAGGCAGGUAGCAAAGUUCGUGGAUGGGUGCCUGGUGUGUCAGCAAGUGAAGGCUGAGCGCCAGAAACCGAGAGGGUUGCUGCAGCCCCUUGAGGUUCCCCUGUGGAAGUGGGAGUGCAUCACCAUGGAUUUCUUAGUGGGACUGCCGAAGUCGAGGGGUGGGUAUGAUUCGAUUUGGGUGAUAGUGGAUCGUCUUACGAAGUCUGCCCAUUUUCUGCCAGUGCGGACGACCAUGAAUGCGAGUGAUUACGCUGAAUUGUUCGUCAAGGACAUUGUUAAACUUCAUGGAGUGCCCGUGGAGAUUGUUUCGG